GGCAUAACAAGUUCGAAGCUAACUAUUGUUAAUAUGUGUAAUAGCAAGAUCUCCAAGUUAGAAGAAGAGCAACAGAAUAUGAAGCUCAAAAUGACUGAAAUGAUGAAUCUACUUAAAGAACACUUGGUGGUUGGUGGUAAAGCGACACCAAGCAAAGGACAGUCUCGCAAUGUACCGCAGUCAAACAAUAUUCAUUCCCCUAAGAGUAUUGCACUAGAAAAAAGACAUAACUUUAUAGAAGGGAAGAGUGCUUGCUACUUGCUUGACUGGGCAGAUGUAAUUGUUGCUGAAGGUCAUUGGGAUUCUAGUGAUCCAAAGUUAGCUGUACAUGGAAAGCCUCUUGGACCAGAUUUUAUGUGAGUAUGGGUUGAUGCUGAUAUUGUACCAGAAUC